AUGGCGGGAGGUGUACGGAGCGGUGAGCAGACCUAAUGGGCCGCCAGUGAGAUAAGCACAUGCGCAAUCGAAGAGUGAGUCGCCUUCGUUUCAUCACCGACUCGUCUCUCCCAGCCGUCGCCUGCUUUAUAUUUGAUCACUGAACCGAAACAAUAUCAGGCUCGCCGAGGGAAUUCUCCUGACCAAGAUAAUUAAGGCUGAUUCGUAAGAAGUCUUUAAUCAUGCCAGGUUUGACAUGUAAUGCUUGCAACAAAGAAUUCAGCGACGAUGCAGAGCAAAAGCUUCAUUACAGAUCGGAGUGGCACCGAUACAAUCUCAAGCGCAAGGUGGCCGGCGUUCCUGGGGUGACAGAAGCACUGUUCAUGGCCAGACAGUCUGCAGCUGCUCAAGAGAAAGAUAAAAAUGAAACUCCCAUGCUCUAUAGCUGUGGCCUUUGUGGAAAAAGUUAUAAGAGUUCUAAGGCUCAUGCUGAGCAUCUCAAAUCCCGUGGUCAUUUGAUGCGGGCAUCUCAAGGAAGUAGUCAUUCAGAUGACAAGGCAAUAGUCAAGCCGCUACCACAACGUGUAGUGAAUAGACCUCUUCCCAGAAGAGAUGUAGACAAUGAUGAAAGUGAAGGAAGUGAAGAUGAAUGGGAGGAGGUUGAUCCUGAGGAUCCUUCGAUCAAUGAUGCUUCAACGUCCUUGACUGGUUUGAAUGUGAAUGAGCAUGAUGACAAUGUUGAUAUGGACGAAGAUGAUGAUGAUGAUGAUUAUGGGGAUUUGGAUCCGUCAUGCUGUUUUAUGUGUGAUCAAAAGCAUGAUACUAUAGAGAGUUGCAUUGUUCACCUGCACAAGCAGCAUGGGUUCUUCGUUCCAGAUGUUGAGUAUUUAAAGGAUCCAAAAGGCCUGCUUACCUACCUAGGCCUCAAGGUCAUGAGGGAUUAUAUGUGUCUUUACUGCAAUGAUAGAUGCCAUCCUUUCAGCAGCCUGGAAGCAGUUAGGAAACACAUGGCGGCCAAAAGUCACUGUAAAGUGCAUUAUGGUGAUGAUGAUGAUGACGAGGAAGUGGAGCUGGAAGAAUUCUAUGACUAUAGCAGCAGUUAUGUGGAUGAGCAAGGGAAGCAACUAGUUGCAUCAGGUGAGACGGCCAACAGCGUAGAACUUGGCAGCUGUGGAUCAGAGCUUGUGAUCACUAAGAAAUCAAAUGAUGGAAUAUCAACUAGAGCACUUGGCGCUCGUGAAUUUUUGCGUUAUUAUCGUCAAAAGCCCCGUCCAUCACACACAAAUAACAUGGCUGUUGCUGCGGCAUUGGCUUCAAGGUACAGGAACAUGGGUUUGGCGACUGUGCAAUCAAGGGAGCAUAUGGUGAGGAUGAAAGUGCUGAAGGAAAUUAAUAGGUCUGGCGUGGAAGCCAUGCGUUCUAAAAUAGGGAUGAAAAGUAACGUCAUCCGGAACUUGCCAAAGAAUGUUCCGUAUUAGUCCCCCUGCUUCCUACCCUUUUUGUGUUCCCCCCGUGUUAUUUAAUCUCAACUGUAUAACUUUUAGUCAUGAGUUUGCUUUCUAAAGCAAGUCUGAGAUUUUGGCUACCCUCGAGUAUCCCCGCACUGGGAGUUUCCCGCGGGCAUUGGCACUUGUGGGUCUAUGCUUGAUGAAAUGACACGAUGUUUUACUUACUGGAAGAUGUUGCAUGACUUGAUUAUA